AUUUGACAGCUGGGAAAAAUGGAAAGUGAGUGAACGGGCGGAAAAACCAUUUUAAAAAAUACUGUUUUUUGCAAAACGUAAUAAAUAUUAACCAGUGCCACACCUGUCAAUGUGAAGAUAGAGCAACAAUGGAGAGAUAGUAGAACAGAUUCUAAAGGUCGGUGACCUCAAUUGAGGCAACACACAGCCGUGAAGAUGGUGCUCAAGAAGCGAAAGCACAGCACGACUCGUCUUGAGGAUGUUCCUCUUGCGGACUAUGGAGCUGAUGAAAAUAUUACAGACAGUGCGAAGAUACAGUGGGUCAACCAACCAUGGGUUAGGGGUGUGCUCCGUGGCAUGGCGAUCCUUAGCUUCAUUUCAGUCAGUUGCAACACCCCAAAAACGUUUGAAAUCAUACCACACUCGAACUACAUCACGUUUGUCAUCGACAUCAUGGUGUCCGUCAUCUUCACUGCGGAGAUGUUAGCCAAGAUGCACAUGAGAGGAAUCGUACGGGGCGAGGCCCCCUACUUGAAGGACAAUUGGUGUGUCUUUGAUGCUUUUAUGGUGGUGUUUGUUUGGGUGUCUGUUGUUCUUCAGUUUUUCCAGCUGACUGAUGUAGUUGCGGGCAGUACAUCCUUGUCCAUCCUCCGCUCUCCACGCCCUCUCAUCGCCGUCAGAUGCGUCCGGGUUUAUCUCAAAUUCCAGCUACCUAAAUCGAGAGUCAUGUCCAUCUUCAAGCGGUCCGGUCAGCAGGUUUGGAGUGUGACAAUCUUCCUAGUGUUCUUUCUGGUUCUGUACGGAAUGCUCGGUGUACAAAUGUUUGGCAGUCUCUCAUCACACUGUGUACUUAACAACACACACGAUGAGCCUUCCGUCAUUGACCGACUGGCAAUACCCGACACGUAUUGCAGUAUGGAAGAUAACAUGGGCCAUAAAUGCCACCAAGGCAUGGUGUGCCAGAAAUUAGAACUCGGCGCCGAAUCACGGCAAGUGACGGGCUACAAUGGUUUUGAGCAUAUUGGUUCCAGUAUAUUCACAGUGUAUGAGAGUGCAUCUCUUGAGGGCUGGGUCUUUGUCAUGUACAAAGUGACCGACAGUUUCCCACCAUGGAGGGGCUAUUUCUUCUUCAUCACCAUGAUCUUCUUUUUAGCUUGGCUGGUCAAAAAUGUUUUCAUAGCUGUUAUUAUCGAGACGUUUGCUGAGAUCAGAGUUCAAUUUCGACAGAUGUGGACAAGCCGAAACGCCGCGGAGUCAGCUGUGGAUUCAAAGGUCUUGCAGGACGAUGGCACAUGUACUCCGUGGAAGCUGACUACAGUUGAUGAGAACAAGCCCCGCGGCUUAGCACCCCACUGCUGCCAGGUCAUUCUACAGUCAAGGGCCUUCCACUUGGUCAUCUUAAUGUUUGUCAUCGCGGACGCGCUCCUGGCGUCCACACACAACAUGCUGAAGAAUUCCGGCGAGGACACGAGUAACCAGUAUCACGCUUUCCUGUAUGUUGCACAGGUCUUCUUCACCGUUCUCUUUGACUUGGAGGUCAUGUUCAAGAUUUGGUGUCUUGGUUUCCGUGGUUACAUCAAGAGAUCCCUCCACAAGUUUGAGAUGUGUCUGGCCGUGGGUACGACACUUCAUCUUCAUUUUUAUCACACACAUGUCACUUACUUCCAGGUGAUGCGGUGCGUCCGUCUCAUCAAACUGUCACCAACGUUGGAGGACUUCAGUCGGAAGAUUUUUGGACCCUUCGUGAAGCUCGGUACCCUGAUCUUGUUCACCAUGAGCUCCCUCAUCAUCGUCUCCGUCAUCAGCUUACAGCUCUUCUGCAGUAUCGACAACCUCGACACGUUCCAGACCUUCCCAUCCGCGUUCAUAUCCAUGUUCCAAAUUCUGACACAAAAGGGCUGGGCCAUCGUCAUGUACGAAUGUAUGCUUGCUACAGACGCUGCUCUGGCCUCAAUCAUAGCUAUCUACUUCAUCACGUACCAUCUGUUUGCCACCGUGAUCGUGUUGAGCAUGUUUGUUGCCGUCAUUCUGGACAACUUGGAGUUGGAUGAAGACUUGAAGUCACUGAAACAUCUUCAGGCGACAGAACAGCGCAACAUCAUUGAGAAGCUUCCGUUACGACUCCGAGUCUUUGAGAAGUUCCCUGAUAAGCCGCAGAUGGUCUGCCUGUCUCGUCUGCCGUCUGAGUUUUCUCUUCCCAAAAUAAGGGACAGCUUUAUUCGUCAGUUUGUUGAGACUGGGACGGACAUGGAGAGACUUCUGCGGCGGUCGGUCAGUCGUGAUUCCCAGGGUCCAGGACACACCCAGGCUGCUCUCUUCUCCCUGCCAGACCCCGCCAAUCAACUGAGGCUGCUACGACGUCGCGCACAGGUGCUGGUUACCAGUCAUAUCCCUGGGUUGGUGCAUAAGAAAACUGGUAUUUCGUCUAUUGUCAGAAAUUCGGCCCAUCAAAGGGUACUAAGCCUUGGCUAUGGUGCCGUGGGUUACCGGGGCAGAAUGCUGAGCGAGUAUGGAAGUCGUGAUCGCAGGUCGGUAUAUCGGUUGAGGGCGCUGCGGGGGUCACUCAGAGGUCACAAGCCGAUGGAAUCUAUCAAGGAGAACGGGGACACGAUCACCAACAGGAAUGUCUCCUUCAACAUUAAGGUCAUUCAAGAACGCAAGCAGCAGGCUGUCCAGAAGAGAACUGCCAAAGAGGAGGAGCUGAGAGAGAACCAUCCCUAUUUUGACACGCCUCUUUUCGCAGUGGGGCGGGAGAGCCAAGUUCGGAAAAUCUGCAAUGCCAUCGUGUAUGCGAGAUACAAUGCGACUCUGACGGAUGAAUCCGGUAUGGCCAUCAAACGAAGAUACCAAGGAUUCUAUGAUUUCUUAGCCAUGGUGACCUACUUGACAUGGUUCUCUAUAGUCUUCACCGUAGCGGCCUGCAUCUCUAUGAUGUUUGAGGAUGCCAGCUGUAGCGUCAUGAUCAAGACACCCCUUCAGGUCUCCGAGUAUGUCUUCGUCAUCUUCAUGAGUCUCGAGAUUGUCUUAAAGGUUUUGGCAGAUGGGUUGUUCUUCACGCCCAAGGCUCUUAUCCGCGACAUCGGUGGCGUCCUCGACGUCUUCAUCUACUUCGUCAGCUUGGUGUUCAUCUGCUGGUUGCCUCGUAAUAUACCACCAAACUCUCUGGCUCACAUUUUCAUGAUUCUGCGCUGUUUCCGUCCUCUGCGCAUAUUUACCCUGGUGCCCCACCUACGCAAGAUGGUGUAUGAGGUAUUGCGCGGUAUCAAAGAGAUGAUGUUGGUCUCCAUACUCCUCUUUGCGCUCAUGUUCAUUUUCGCCAGUUUCGGAGUUCAGACCUUCGCUAAUAAUCUGGCCAAGUGUAAUGAUGCAAGCAUCACGCUUAAGAAUCAGUGUGUGGGUCACUUCAUCCAGAAUGUCAGCGUGGUAAAGUUCCGCACUUCACCUGAGAACGAGAGUCAGCCUGGUUUCAUGGUACCCAGAGUCUGGGCCAACCCACGUAACUUUGACUUUGACAACCUGGCCAAUGCCUUACUUGCUCUGUUUGAAGUUCUCUCUCUGGAAGGUUGGCUGGAAGUCCGAGAUAUCGUCCUAAAAGAAGUUCAUUGGUCGCAUGGUGUAUACAUCCACAUCUUUGUCUUCAUUGGCUGCAUGAUCGGACUCACCCUGUUUGUGGGUGUGGUCAUCACAAACUAUUUUGAGAGUAAGGGUACAUCGUUGUUGACUAUUGACCAGAGGAGAUGGCAGGACUUGAAGGGCAGGCUCUCCCUGGCCCAACCUCUUCAUCUGCCUCCAAGACCAGAUCACUCCAUAUUCAGGGCUCGUAUGUAUGACGUAACUCAACACAAGUUCUUCAAGCGCUUCAUUGCUUGCCUGGUGCUCAUCAAUUUCUUCCUGCUGUCAUAUCGGUGGGUGGAAUCGGACAACAAAGACGCAGCGCAGGCUUUGGCCAACGUCUCGGUCUUACUGACGAAUAUGUUUGUCCUGGAGGUCAUCCUGAAAUGUAUCUCACUGAGUCCCAUCGGCUACUGGCACAGCCGCCGGAAUCGGUAUGAUCUGUUUGUCACUGUCAUGGGUGUGGUGUGGGUCGCUAUCUACCUCUCCAAUCAGCAAGAUGAGUUCAAGUAUGCCUUGGGCUCGGCGGUCAUCCUGUUUAGAUUCUUCACCAUUACAGGCAAACAUCCGACACUCAAGAUGCUGAUGAUGACGAUCGUAGUGAGUAUGGUGAAGAGCUUCUUCAUUAUCGUGGGACUGUUUAUCCUCAUCACCUUCUACGCCUUCACCGGGGUCGUGCUCUUUGGAAAAGUUAAGUACGGAGAGAUGUUGAACAGACAUGCCAACUUUGAGAGGGUACCCAACGCUAUCGCUGUGUUGUUCCGAAUCGUCACCGGUGAAGACUGGAACAAAAUAAUGCAUGACUGCAUGAUCAGCCCGCCCUACUGCAGCAGGGUCGGCGACAACUACUGGGAGACAGACUGUGGCAACGUGACUGCUUCGCUCCUUUAUUUCGGCUCGUUCUAUGUCAUCAUCGCUUACAUCUUCCUCAACUUGCUCGUGGGUAUCAUCAUGGAGAACUUUUCACUCUUUUACUCCAACGAGGAGGAUGCGUUGCUAAGCUACGCCGACAUCAAGAACUUCCAGAUUACGUGGAACACAGUUGAUGUCGGCAGAAAGGGAGUCAUUCCUGUCAGUAGAGUGAAGUUUGUGCUGAGGUUACUGCGGGGUCGCCUAGAGGUAGACAUGGACAAAGAUCGCUUGUUAUAUAAGCACAUGUGCUGUGAAAUUGAGAAAAUGCGAAAUGGACAAGAUGUCACAUUUCACGAUGUCCUGAGCAUGUUGUCUUAUCGCUCCGUGGAUAUCCGCAAGAGUCUCCAGCUGGACGAGCUUCUGGCUCGAGAGGAACUGGAGUACAACAUCGAGGAGGAGGUUGCCAAAGAAACCAUUCGUACAUGGCUGGAGAAGGUCCUGAAACGCAUGAGGGCGGUAGGUCAAAAGAAGGAGAAAGCCCACAUCCACAUCCCAAACUUCUUGAUGGGUUCGCUUAACAACGAGCGCGAGUCGCAUAAGAUCCUCGAUGUGCCUGCGUUUAUCGAGACCGCGGCGAAGGACGACGCUAAGCCAGAGGACCACGAGGGGAACGAGAAACUCAAACCAUCCCCCGAUGCAAACCGGGAGCAGGUGGGAGAAUGGAACCAAGUUACUGUACUUGUAAAUGAUCAUGUCCCUCAGAGUUCACCCAGUCAUAAGCUCCUUGUCCCUACCCUCUCUGAAGGCGGGACUAAACCAGACAUUGACGACCAGGGAGCCGGCCUUAGGAUCAGAAGACCAGGACGGAGACUACAACCAGGUUCUAGUCCAACCACUCCCAGCAGUGCACCCAGCGUCCCGCUGUUUCCCAAAACAGUCAAGUCGUCAAUGGUGUCUUCGGCAACCAAAGACGUCCAAGAUUGGUGGAAGGAGCAGCUAAGAUAUGACAGCGGGUCUGAGGAAGACUGAAGUUUGACUCUCAAGGGAACAAUUUUUACUUGAUACGUGCUCACAAGUUCUGGCAGAUUUUAUAUUAAUUCUGCAGAUAUCUCACUGAUAUUCUGCAGCUAUUCCGCAGCUAUUCUUUACAUGUGAAGGACAUCUUGUUAUGAAUUUAUUUUGUGUCCACCUUGAAAUUAGAUAAAAAAAAGGAAAACUGGUUUAAAACAGUAAUGAAGGAACUAGACAUGUUGGCAGAUUCUACAUAGAUUCUGCAGAUAUUUCACUGAUACUCUGCAGCCAUUCUGCAGAAAGUAAGAUAUGUUUGUUGUCCUGUUGUCGACUACAGCUCAGGCCCACUUGAUAUUUGGUCUAAAAGAGAAAAUUGACUAAAAGCUGUAAUGCAGAAUCCAAGUGUCUCAAGAUUCGCCAUAAAUUCUGCAGAUAUUUUGUUGAUAUUCUGCAGACAGUCUGCAGAGAACUCACACAUACUUUUUGUGAUUCUUCUUGAUUUUGUGUCAACUUGAAGUGUCCAUGAAAAUGAAAACUACAUAAAAAUUGUUAAAAGAAAACUGUAAUUCAGAGACCAAGUGUCUGUAGCAUCCACAGAAACUCUGCAGAUAUUCUGCUGGUAUUCUGCAUACCUUAUACAAAUACCAGUUUACUAUUCUUUGCAUACAUGCUGCAGGUAUUCCAGACAGUUGAAUAAUUUCACAGUCGAUCCACCAUCCUAAUCAAACAGCCUAAAACUCUUCUCCUUUUUGUGUUAAUCAUAAGUGAACAAAAACUGUAGACAAUUUUUGUCCGUGCUAGUGAAAGAAAGAAAUCACAAAAGAGAUUCCUGCCUGUGUAAAUAUUACAUUCUAUAAUAUAUACUUGACUAGUACUCAAAGUUAAUGUAAAAUAGCCUCAGUACAAAUGAAAGAUAACUUAUUUCAUUUAUUGUUCUUUAAGUGUGACCUUGUGCAAGCAAUGGAGUAUUAUGUAGUGUCUUACAGUAUUACGAGUGUCUAUUUAAUUUUUUAUCAAUUCAUGAUUUGUCUUUAUGUGUGUAUGUAACGUCAAGUGAUGUAGUGUGUCAGAGAUGGGAGGGCCUUGUGGCUUGGGAUAGUGGACAAACUGCACUUCACGCAAAUGCAACUUUUCAGCAACAAGGGCGCAUGGGAACUCUUUUAUUACAGGGGAAAUCUGAGGGGUCGAUUUGCAUGAAAUUUGAAACAGAUAAAAAAGUAAGUACCAAUUUCUUAUACCGGGUAAAAAGUGUUUUUGGCUUUCUUCAUCAUUUUGUUGUUGUUGCUGCGCCCAAAUUGUCCCACUGUCUUGCCCACGUUUGGUAAGGCACGUUUUGUUAAUCAUAAGGUGCUUUAGUAAACAGUUCUCCGAGAAGAAAACUUUGUGAAAUUUGAAUUGUGAACGCCCGUCUUCUUGGCGAUUGCCUUCAACAUUUCAUUCAGCUAAACUGCCCAAUGUCGCCAAAACCCUUGCCUCUUAGUUUAAAUCACACUGCACCGGCUACAUCUACGCGUUGGUGAAAUUAAUGUGAGAUUUUUGUCGUGCGAUUUGCUGUACUUGUUUGUGCUUCCAUUUUUAUUUGAUCGCUUUUCAAAAAUAUGUGUAAAAGGCAGUAGACACCUUUGGUAAUUGUCGAAGACCAAUCUUCUCACUUGAUGUGUCUCAACAUAUGCCUAAAAUAACAAACC